CAAAAUGAUUCACACUAUCUUUUCAUUUCCAGUUGAUUAUUAGCCAGCUUAUUAAUUUGAAAAUGAAAGCUUACCAAAAAAUUAGAAGAUAGAUUAUGCAAUCAAUUAGAAUAUCAGUGAUUUUCAAUUAUAUCCCUAAUUUUAAUAACCUUAAUAACUAGUCAAUUACGAAAUUGUUGUUGAUUAAUAAAAGCAUAAUAAGACUAAGAAGACUAAAAAAUACAAGUAUUGUUUUAAUUUGAUUUUAUAGAAACGAUGAUUAAAAAGAAUUGCUUCCUAAAACUAAAUCAUCAUAAGAAGAACCUUGUAAACAAGAAUUGUAUUAUUUAAACUAUAGCAUUUUAGUAUAAAACAAUUAGUUUAACCCUAAUAUUCACUAGUACAUUUUACAUAGGGUACUUUGUUACCAAAAUUACAAUCAGAUAUUGUAACAGAUGGUUCACCUCUUGGUUCAAAAUAAACUUUAAAAUCUAAUAAACAUCAUUAAACAAAAAUAUCAAAAAAAGAACACAUAAAUACAGGUCAUUGGUCAGCAGUUGAACAUAAUACUUAUGUAAAUUUCUUGUCUCAAUAUGAAAACAUUAUGAAUUCAUCAAUGAUGAAGAAAACAUCUAAAAUAUUUAAAUAAAUGAGUGAAUUAAUAGGUACAAGAACUCCAAGUUAAUGUAGAAGUCAUCAUCAAAAAUUUAAUCCAUAUGCUCAUAGAGGUGAAAAUGGUAAAAGAUUACCAAGAAAUGAAAGAAGUAGAGCAGGACGUAAAAAGAAAAAUUAAUUGAUUGAAUUUACUAAAGAUGGUAUUCUUAUUUCAAUAAUGUAGAAUAAUUAAUUGAAUAGGAUCCUUCAUAUAUGAUGAUUGAUAAAUAAUUUUAUUAUCAUCCAUAUAUUGCUAAUGGAAUUGAUUAUUAGCCAUUCCUUAAUGAUACAAAUCUCAAAAGAGAAGAUGUGUUAGAAUAUUUUCAUCCAGGUUAAUUUUAAGAUUAUGAAGAUUAUCUAAAAAUUAGACCAGAUUAUAAUAAUUAGUUAGAUUAUUGA